AAUACAUGAAAUGUUCAUCACAUCCACCUCAAUCCAUAUCAUUUUCACUUAAGAACAAUAGCAACAAUUCCAGUAAAUAACAAGAAAAUGGCAGAGGUUUUAGGUAGCCGAUCAGAGUCCGAUCUGGGGGAAUCUCACCCACGGGAUCAGGCCUGGAUCAUUCCACUCACUGCUGCCCCAAAAACUCCUCUGAUUGAGAGAAUACCAACAGAAAAUGGAGCAACAGAUGAUUGAAAACUAGAAGAAGCUGUGGUGGAUUCCAAAGGCUGCCCGGUUGCUGUGAGACGAAGAUGGUUGCCUGCAACUGCUACGGGGCGGAGGCAAACAGAUCUGGAGAUGGAUUUCGAGGGAUGUCGUGCGCUGUUGUGAUGAAAGAUGAAGAUGAAGGAAUGCCCGAAGAUGAAGGGGUACUCUUGAGGUUAGAGGGUCUGUGGGUGAGCGACGGUGGUGAUGGUGGCUGAAAUUUUUGAAGGUUUCGGGGAGAGAAGGAUCGAGAUUCGAGAGAGAUUUCCUCCUUUUUUUUUGGUUCUGCCGCCCCCUCUCUUUUUGGUGUGGCUCCCCCUUGUUGAAGAGAGGAAAACUGGGGCUUUUUUUG